AAUAAAAAAAAAAAAGCUCGCAGAAAGAUCCCAUAUAAACUAAAAAGCGCCUACCAGUUUCCGUCUGUUUGCCAACUGGAGAAACAACGGAACUUGUCAUCGCAUUGUUCCCACAGAGCAUCAUCGCAGCAUCUACAAGACAACCACCAUCGAUUUCUUCUAUAUUCAUGAUUCUCACUUACGCAUCUGACUAACUUAAUUUCCCUCUGUUUUCUGUCCUUUUGAAUUGAAAAUGGACGUUUAGCUUACUACCUUCUUCCACUUCCCAUCAUCUUCUUCGUCACCUUUUCUCGAAAUAAACUCUCCCCAUUUCUUUUGACUCUCUUCUGUUCUUCGUUAACAUCGUUUGCGUCUAUAUAAUCAGAAUGGCCAGUGCUGUGUUUCACCAAACAAUAGGGAAUCUUCUAUCCCAACAGCAUCUUCACAACUCUGGGUUUCAUCAAGAGUUUGGGAAUGUUUCGGUGAACUUGAUUUCAAAAGGUUUCAAGGUUUAUACCGGAUUGUCAAUCUCAAGAAAGGGAGGUUAUAGCUCUGGUAAGAGGAAUUUUAGUGUUGUUCAAGGCUCAGCUUCUCAAACUUCAGUGGUUGAUCCACUGUCAACCCCCUCAAAUGACAGCAAAAAUGGAUUUCAAAAGAAAUCAAGCGAGGCAGCUCUGAUACUCAUUAGGCAUGGUGAAUCGUUAUGGAAUGAAAAGAACCUGUUCACGGGUUGUGUCGAUGUGCCCUUAACAAAGAAAGGUGUGGAAGAGGCAAUUGAAGCUGGCAAGAGAAUCAGUAAUAUACCUGUCGACAUGAUAUAUACAUCAUCCCUGAUUCGUGCACAGAUGACUGCCAUGCUUGCCAUGACUCAGCACCGUCGUAGAAAGGUGCCAAUCAUUAUGCACAAUGAAAGUGAACAGGCAAGGGCAUGGAGUCAAAUUUUUAGUGAAGACACAAUGAGGCAAUCCAUUCCAGUUAUAACAGCUUGGCAAUUAAAUGAAAGAAUGUAUGGGGAAUUACAAGGUCUGAAUAAGCAAGAAACGGCAGAUAGAUUUGGCAAGGAAAAAGUUCAUGAGUGGCGGCGAAGUUAUGACAUACCUCCACCUAAUGGAGAGAGUUUAGAAAUGUGUGCUGAAAGGGCUGUUGCUUAUUUUAAAGAUCAGAUUGAACCCCAGCUUUGUUCUGGGAAGCAUGUAAUGAUUGCUGCCCAUGGGAAUUCAUUGAGGUCCAUAAUUAUGUAUCUUGACAAAUUAACUUCCCAGGAGGUUAUAAGUUUAGAACUAUCAACUGGAAUACCUAUGCUUUACAUAUUCAAAGAGGGGAGGUUCAUUAGAAAGGGAAGCCCUGCAGGACCAACUGAGGCUGGGGUCUAUGCAUAUACUAGGAGAUUAGCUCAAUACAGACAGAAGUUGGAUGAGAUGCUGCAUUAAUAUGUCCAAGAAUCGGGGGCUACCUACCAUUGCAUGAAAAUCUUCUUGUUGGUUUCAUAAAUCUACACAAGAAAAUGGAGGAAAGAUAGUUAUGUGAUAUCUAUGGCUAUUGCUCUCGACCAUUGGGAGCUGAUUGCUACAGCAUUCGUCAAUCAAGUCUUUAUCGAGUCCUUGCCCAUGUUCCGUUCAUGGUAUAUGUAUGUGCCUGGAAGUUCCUUGAUGUUCAAAACUUGAAAUUGAUGGACAGAAAUAAAUAAGAGCAUCUUCAGUAUAAGAUGUAGACCAUUUUAACUAUUACAAAUUUGAUAGAGUGAUAUGACGAGCAGCUUUCUCAUUUUUGUUCA